AAAGCUUGUUUUAGGCUUAUCUGGACACUAAAUGGGUUUUAGGUUGGCGAGUUAGGGGUUUGGGAGAUGAGGUUGAUCUAGGUUUUUGACAACGUUGUAGAACAGAGGAUCCAUUUCAAACAUUUCUAAUUUUUCUCCUUGGGUAAGAUAGAGAAGGGUUAAUGGCUGCCGUUGGCGCAUGGAAAACGCUAAAAUCUAAAAACACUCUGAUCAGGAGAUUUCUCUCUCCGACACGUUACUCUAACAAUUACCAUUUCAGUGUCGUCUCAACAGUUGGAAAGGAGGAGUUGUUGGAUACUUCAUCCUCGACAUCAUUCACAUUCUCAUCUGGCGGAGCAGGAGAAAAUGUGGAGAAGAGAGAUGAUAAUAUCUAUGUUAAGGCACCGGGUUCAAGUUCCCAACGGGAAUCGUCAUCGUCUUCAACGUCGGUGACUAUGCCGAUGUCGUUCAUGACAGGGUCCAUCGUCGGCAAGCGGUUCUACAAACAGGUCAAUACAAGAGAAGCUGAUGAUGGGUGUGGGUGGACUGUUAUGCUCGAUUAUAGAACCCUUAAGACACCCUCCAAGAGACCCCUCAAGCUCCCUACCCUUGCCCUUGCUAAGGCCAUUGCAGCUGAAUGGGAAUAUCAGCAAACAGAUGGGAUCAGACCCUUUACAAUGCCUCUCAUGAAACUUGCUUGUACUGCAUUGGAGAGAGUUCCAUUGACGCGGAUGAAAAUUAUUGAACAUCUGAUGAACAAGUUUCAUCAAGAUUUGGUAUUCUGCCGUUUUCCUGGUGACAACGAUCUAACAAGUGGAGUUCUUGAACGGCAGGUGGAAAAAAUUGAUCCUUUACUCAAUUGGGUGGAAUCUGAAUUUGGUUUCAAGCCUGUUGUGUAUUCUAGCUUUUUUGGUGGCAAGCAAGUAGAUGGUCUCGUGAAAGCAAUAGAAAGUGUUCUGAAGAACACAGAUGACUGUGAAUUGGCUGCAAUAGAUGCAAUGAUUGCAGCAUCACACUCUUUAAUAAUUUCUAUUGGGAUUUUUCGUGGAAAGUUGCAGAUUGAGGAGGCCAUUGAGUUGAUUAGACUUGAAGAAGAUUUGCAGGUUGAUCGGUGGGGGCUUGUUGAAGGUGGGCAUGAUGUGGAUAUUGCUGAUCUAAAGGUGCAAAUUGCAUCUGCUGCAGUGUUCCUUGGACUGUCACGGAGGUCUUGAAAAUUUUGUUGUCUGUUCUUGAUAUAAUUAAACUUAGCUCUCAGCCUUAACAACCCUGGAAAUUCUGUACUGGGGGUGUUGAGAGAUGGUAAUGAACACAUCUUUAGCCUCUGAAGGCCUAUUGUCAUAAGGGCCUCCAUAUGAGCAGAAUUGUUGGAGGCACUCUAAGGCCUAAAGAUGGCAACGAAUCAUAAUUAUCACAACCUAGUCUUGGAAGGUGAUUUUUUGUGGAAUGGAUUAGAAACAAGCAAGAAGGUUCUUGGGAGCUUAGAAAUCAUACGAGGAAGCUGCCAAGUUUAUGUGAGGAAAUGAUCUAGCAAUUACUGUAGCUAUACAAGGAGUGUGGUGAGAUGCUGCUCACCUUAGGGUUUUUCUUUGAGGGAAACUCCUCUCCUACGAGAGAGAGAGAGAGAGGAUUUGAUAUCAUUUUGAUCUGGCAAUUUGU